AUGUCCUCCAACCCACAGAUCAUUGUCCAAGCACUAUGCGCCAUAGCUCCCAAACCCAACACUUGUCAACCCCUCACUGAUGGACCUAAAGAAGCACCUACCUUGGAGAAUACGGGGGGCACCAUGCCACGGCAAAGUCUACGGCUGCGUCGAGGAAAAGAUGGACACUUAGGCAUCAUCUCGUUGAAGCUGAUAGAUGAAGAGAUCUCCGAGGACCUAUAUGCUAUGACUGGUGAGCUCCCACAUGAACACCCUCAUCGGAGACUAGCCCAGACGCAAACGAUGCUUAAUGUGAGUCUCUGCCCCCUAAUUUUACUAAUUUCAUUCCUCCCCUCUAUUGAUUAG